UCUUCUCUUACAAUGCCUUCAGUCAACACUUUCAUCACCGCCCUCGUGGCUGGUUUUGCUAUUGGAGCUCAAGCUGGUCCUUGCAGACCUCAUGCUCCUUCAAGCUCUGUCAUUCAGUAUCCCGUUUCUACCACUCAACAGACGGCAGCCGGAACUUCUGCUGCCUACACUGAUGUUGUGAGCAAGUCUGAGACCAAGACUUCUCUUUCUACCACCGCUGUGCAGGUCACCAGUACUACCAAGGACGAGUCUAAGCCUACCACUGCUGAGGAGACAACUACUGGAUACCCUGCCACCGAGACGACUUCUGCUUCUGCUGAAUCCCUUACGAAUGGGUCCGUUUAUCCCAGUUCUGAAGCUGAGACUACUGCAACUGCCAAGGAGGACACAACCUCUGCUCCUUAUACCACACAAGACUCUAGUGCUGCUCCUUACACUACAACUUCAGUCCCCGAAACCACUUCGAAGCCAAAGACCACUCUCGACACCACCACCGUCGCCCCUACAACCACCUCCAAGCCUACCACGACUACCUCAGAGGCUUACACAACCACCUCCGCUGCUGCUACCUCCGGCUGUCCUCCUCGCUCUGAGCUCACCUGCGCCAAGACUGGCUUCUUCAACAGCGCCGACCACAACCUGAUCCAAGUCUACUACGAUUACGACCUUAACCAGUGUCAGGUGGAGUGUGACAAGACUGACAACUGCAAAGCCAUUGGUAUCACCACUAGCAACCAGUGUGAGCUCUAUGAUGCUGCUGUUUCUGCCCUUGGGUUUGAGUUCAGGGACGGCUGGUACUACUCCGUCUACGAUGCUUGUUGCUUCAAGGGGGCCAAUAAGUAA